GAGAGAGAAACAAAAGGUUAAUAUCUGAAAAGUAAGCAACGUUAUCUUUGUCGUCAUCAGUUUCAUCAUAUUUUGUGUUACGAUUUGUUUGGUCAUAUAUAUUUGGCGCGAAUUUGUGUUAUGUAAUUGUUUGGUUGUUGUAAUUAUUUUCUUGGUUGACUGGCUGGCACUGGCUGGCUAAUUUUCAGUUUUUCUUUGAGAUAAUCACUACCGGACUUUCUUUGGUUACUUCUUGUUCGCUCAAGCUUUACGUGCUUGCCAUAGUGGGGGGACGAGAAAGAAGUUGUUCGGCCACAGGAUGCCUCCAAGGAAGCCGAGAAGCGCUGUAAAGGCUCAGGCUGACAUUGCCACUAAGGAGUCAAAUGCUAUGGAAAAUGCUUCACCAAACGUCUGUGGAGAAACACCUGAGAGUUCCACGCUAAAAGAAACCACAGAAGCGACUACGGCUGUUCCAGCAGUAGAAGAUGAUCCAGAGGACCCUCUGCCGUCGUUUUCUGCUUCGGACAAAGGUGAGACAUCGCCCGAGUCAUCGCAAGGCGGGGAUCCUUCCACGUCAUCGCAAGGCGGGGAUCCUUCCACGUCAUCGCAAGGUGGGGAUCCUUCCACGGAGGACGCGGACGACGGCGCUUCGGACAAGCGUAGUGACGACUCGUCCACUGCUGGCGAAGGCUCCUCGCGAAGUUCUCCCCAGACUGGUCUGUGUGAGCCAGCCGAACCUACGGACGCCACGCUCGGGCCCGACAUCGACCCAGACUGGGUGGCUGAGGAGCAGCGCAUCGCUGCCGAAAACGAGCGUGAGACAGCACGAACCAUGCGUGAGGUGGAACUCCGCAACCAGCAUGAGGAGCGUGAAGCGCGCUUCAAACGUCUCCUACGGCUGUUAAACACAAGCCAGUUCUAUGUGAAGUACCUGGUGGAUAAGAUCGACAACCAGCAUGAGAAGCUAAAGGAAACACUUGAGAAGCAGAAAGCGAGGGGCAAGAAGCGUGUUCACACGGAAGAGACGGCCGAACCUGUGAGGAGGUCGGGCCGUCAGGCCAACAAGGAAAACGACACCGAACCUCCGCCGGCGAAGAAGGCAGCUACUGGCCGAAGGAAGCGCGCUUCGACGCGCAAGAGUGUCCUCUCUUCGCAGGAUGAUUCCCAGUCUCAGGGAGGCAGUCAGUCGUCGAGUCAGGAAUCGAAGCCUCCCUCGCAGCCGGAGCCUGAGCCGGAGGGAGCGCGGGAGCCGACGGAGGAGUCGGCAGGCGAUGGCACCCAGCCCCGCCUGCUGACAGGAGGUACGCUGAGAGACUACCAGCUGGAGGGCUACCACUGGCUCAAGGUGAUGUUCGAGAACGGCGUCAACUGCAUUCUGGGCGACGAGAUGGGCCUGGGCAAGACGAUCCAGUGCAUCAGCCUGAUCGCCUACCUGGUGGAGCAGUCUGUGGUGGGCCCGUUCCUGGUGGCCGCGCCGCUGUCCACGCUGCCCAACUGGCUCUCAGAGUUCGAGCGAUUCUGUCCGGACAUCCCAGUCGUGCUGUAUCACGGAUCGAACCGCGACGAGCUGAUCCCGCAGAUCGCCAAGUUCCACCGCGUUCCUGGCUGCUCCAUCCCAGUGCACCCGGUCGUGCUUACCUCAUAUGGACUCAUAAUGCGCGACGCACGUCAGCUGAGCCAGUUCAAGUGGCGCUACCUGAUCAUCGACGAGGGACACCGCAUCAAGAACUACGAGUGUCGGCUGGUGCAGGAGCUGAAGCGCUACUCGUCGGUGAACAGGCUGCUGCUGACGGGCACGCCGCUGCAGAACAACCUGGCCGAACUGUGGUCGCUGCUGAACUUCCUCCUUCCUGAGAUCUUCGAUGAUCUUGCUGUGUUCGAGUCGUGGUUCGACGUGACCAGCAUGACCACGGAGGAAGACGACGCCAAGAUCGUGGCCCAGGAGCGCGAGAAGCAGGUGGUGUCCACCCUCCACAAGAUCCUGACGCCAUUCCUGCUUCGCCGCGUCAAACGCGACGUGGAUCUUCAGAUCCCGCCGAAGCGAGAGCUUCUCGUGUACUGCCCGCUCGUCGAGGACCAGGAGACUCUCUACAAGGCGGCGAUGGACAGGACGAUCGACAAACUGAUGGGAAAGCGCCACGGCGAUGAUCCGGAGAAGCCCCCAGAACUGGACGCAAAGGGCCGCCCGCGCCGUGCUGGCAAGGAGAAGGUCAACUUCGAGUUUCUGUUCGCGGAUUCUGGUGACGUUCUCCAGGACGAGGAUCGCUGGAUGGCCGGACUCAAAGGUCUGGAAGAAGCGCGUGCCGUGACUACUGCGUCGGCGAAGAAGGUGAAGAACAUCAGCUUGCACCUGCCGAUGCAGAGUCUAAUGAUGGUGCUUCGUCAUGUGGUGAACCACCCGUUCCUGCUGGAGCAUCCCAUCGACCCGGAAACGAAGGAGUACCUCCUUGUGCCCGAGGUCGGCGAGAAGAGCGGCAAGAUGAUGGUGCUGGACGCGAUGUUGAAGCGUCUGAUCGCCGACGGCCACAAGGUGCUCAUCUUCUCCCAGUUCCGGUUGAUGCUCGACAUUCUCGGCGACUUCCUGACCGUGAAGGGCCACAGCUUCCUGCGGCUGGACGGCUCAGAUGCCGUCGAGGACCGCCGAGAAAACAUCGCCGCCUUCAACACCGACCCCGAUGUCAAGGUGUUCAUCGUCUCCACUCGCGCCGGCGGUCUGGGCAUCAACCUGACCGGCGCCGACACGGUCAUCAUCUACGACUCGGACUGGAACCCGCAGUGCGACUUGCAGGCGCAGGAUCGGGCGCACCGGAUCGGCCAGACCAAGCCGGUGGUCGUGUACCGCCUGGUCGCCGGUGGCACCAUCGACGAACGCAUCGUCGAGCGCGCCGCCGCUAAGCGCAAGCUCGAGAAGAUGGUGAUGCACUCUGGCAAGUUCAAGUCGGGUCGCCGGGACCAAGUGAGCACUAGCCUGGCGCCCGUGUCGCCCGAGGAGCUGCUGCAACUGCUGCGCGAGAGGCAGCACCACCGUGUGGUGCGCGCCGGAGGUCACGUGUUCACCGACGAAGAGAUGGAUCAGCUGCUGGACCGGAGCGACCUGCUGGACGCCUGGAACGGGCAGAAGACUCAGGUGAAGCCCAAGGAGGCGGCCGGCGUGUUCAAGGAACUCGAGGAGGUGGAUGCGCCGACCCUGGUCUGAUUCUGAGGGGAUGGUUGAUUAGACGGACGGCGAACAUUCAGGAAGUGUAGCAUCACAGACGUGCCUUUUCAGUUGCGCUGUAGUGGCCAAUUUAGGGCCUUCCAGAAAGGAGCCACUCGUGGCUGCCAUUGUUUAUGCGUAGUUUGUGACAUGGUGCCAUCCCUGCUAUGCUGAUUGGCUGUGCGAGAAUUUCGUCUUUGCCGGAAUGAGUGGUCGUAGCCUUUCUUACUUAAAAGUCAGUGUAGUGAUGCGGUCUGUGUCUUGUCUUGCGCCAUGCAGAUGUUGAAAAAGACUGUUGGUUAGGAAGCGAGUUAGGAAGUCAAGAAUGAGCGAGUUAAUCUCAUCCCAACUGUAGUCCAAAUGCUGCCGUGAGUCGAGUAUGGAAAGCUCUGCCACGCUUCAAUCAUGACCCUUCGUUUUGUUUAGUUUUCGUGAUGUUCAGUGUACAAACGUGGAUCAGACAUGUAUCCCAUGCAGUCCCAUUUUUCAUUCCAGUUCCGCAUUUCUGUCGUCUGAUGAUUCAUGACCACUGUUCUGUCUUGCAUUCCACACUGCCGAAGCAUUUGGUAUUAGAGCUCUGUGUACUUUUGGUAGUACCUGAUUUUAUUGUGUAAGUUAAGAAUAAACCUGUUCUUGGAAGCUA